AUGUCGUCCUCCAGUAGCACCCGCUACGUCAACGACGCCAACAACUCCACCGCGAACAACAUGCGUCCAACCUACAGCCAGUCCAGCUCCGCCGGCGACUCGCCUCCAAGACUCGUGCAGAAUACCGCCAUCCGCUCGUCUCCCAGAAUCGUACACAAUCCUGCCCAACGCGUCAGAUCCCUCAGAGCCACCUUCCACAACGCCGAGUUCAGGGAGACCAGACCACCCAUGCCCGAACCAUGCCGCAACGGCCACCACACCUGUACGGCUCCAAUGCCAUCCGACGUCGACGACAUCCCCGCUCCGCCCGUGAGCAUGCUCCACCGAGGCCACCCUCUCCGCCAGGCCACCCCAAAGCCAACUGCUGUCGAGGUCGUCCAGCAACAACAACAGCCAACCAAGAACACUCUCGACGACGUCAAGGCCUUCUGGUCCGCCGCCCGCAAGAACGCAGAGGAGCGCACCGAAUGCGACCGCAAAGCCAAGGAGGCGAUCAGCCACAAGUUCGUGGGCUCGCGAUUGAACGACACGAUGGAUGAGAGAGAGACAUGGUGGGCUCACACCAGGGAGAGGGCGGAGAUGGGCAUUUUCAGGGCGCAGCAGAAGCGUCAGGAGAGGGGAGAGGCUUGGUGGGAGCAGGGCGCCGGGCCGGCGAUGGUGGCGGCGCGAUCGGGUUGA